GUUGAACGAAGCGGUCUCGCUUACCGUCGCUGGAAGAGACAGAAACGGAGGGAAAAUAGAAGUAUUUAGUACAUCCAAUUCUUCAUGAUAGAAUGACCCAUAGUAUGUUUGAAACUUUGUAUCCAAAAUUAAGACAACAUGAGAAGAAAUUUUUUAACUACUUUCGUAUGUCCGUGAAAUCGUUUGAUGAUUUACUCUUAUUAAUUGGAGAAGAUUUAUUGCCACGUGCAAAUUAUGUUCCGCGCGAGGAUGUUGUUUCACCAGAACAGAAACUCGUGAUAACUUUAAGGUACUUAGCAACUGGCUGUUAUUUUGCUGACUUACAUUAUGCCUAUAGAUUAGGAAAAUCAACUGUAAUUGACAUCGUUCAAAAAACUGUGUAUGUUAUUUGGAAUAAAUGUUGGAGCAUGUGGGAAGAGCAAUGAUUCAACGAUUUUUAAAAACUCCACAUUCUUCAAAAAACUCACAGAAAAAUCUUUGAACAUUCCGGGACCAAAACCAGUCUCAGAAAUUCGUACAACACGUUUACCUCAUGUUAUAGUUGGAGAUGAGGCAUUUAGCUUAUCAGAACAUAUUUUGCGACCAUAUUGCGGCAAGAAUUUAACCAAAGAAAAACGAAUAUUUAAUUACCGCCUCUCUAGAGCAAGACGUUAUAUUGAGUGUUGUUUUGGAAUCCUGGUAAACAAAUGGAGAAUAUUUCACAAACCACUCAAUGUGCAUAUUGAAUUUGCAGAAAACAUAAUUAAAGCUUGUUGUGUUCUUCACAAUUACGUCAGGUUAAGAGAUGGAUACAGAUACGAAGACACAUUGUUCGAAACAGCUCUAGAUGGUCUGAGUACGACUACAAUUCGACCUGGUGUAAGGUCUCGAAACACGACGGAUAUAUUCGCUGAUUAUUUCAUGAAGGAAGGUCGACUGCCGUGGCAAGCAAAAAUGAUCUAAUUUUCUUUGUUUGUUACUAAU